AUGGCGAACGGCAGCAGGAAAAAGAUUUGGGUCUUGGUCGCCCUCAAACCCGAAUGGAUGCUCGCCGACGUGCUCACCGACUUUGCGCUCCUCUUCACCCCCGUUGGUGCGGCCAAGGCCUUGGCUGGGCCACUGGUAGACCUGCCCGGGGAGAUCAAGACGGUCGAGGAUCUAACAAAGUACAUGAUAUUCAACAUGCAGCACAUGUCGGCGAGAGCCAAGGACGGCGCGCUCCCCGACCCAGCGGCCCAGUCCAUCCUGGACGCCUUCAAAGCCAUAGCCGUGCCGAUCGACGCUGGCCACGUGAAGAAAGUCAACGACGAGUGGUGGAUCAAUUAUAUCAAUCCCGACGGGAUUGCGAGCCUGUUUGACUCUGCGAAGACGCUGAAUGUGUUGGUUAUGAGCGACGAUGGGCUGCAGUUUGCGGCUUUUGGCACGAAUAAUGAUCAUUCGUGGAUUGCGACGGAUAGGGGAUCGAUUGUGCGCUCGAGGUAUGGCACGAUAUGGCAGCAGGACCCUGAUGCGGGCUCGGUCACCUGGGCUUGGAGUCCCAAGUAA